AUGGCGGGCGUGUUCGACAUCGACCUGGACCAGCCUGAGGACGCGGGCUCGGACGAGGAGCUGGAGGAGGGGGGUCAAUUAAGUGAGAGCAUGGACCAUGGAGGAGUUGGCCAAUAUGACCUUGGCAUGGAACAUUGUGAAAAAUUUGAGAUUUCAGAAACUAGUGUAAACAGAGGUCCAGAAAAGAUCCGACCCGAGUGCUUUGAGUUACUACGCGUACUUGGCAAAGGUGGCUAUGGAAAGGUAUUUCAAGUACGAAAAGUAACUGGAGCAAACACCGGGAAAAUAUUUGCCAUGAAAGUUCUUAAAAAGGCAAUGAUUGUAAGGAAUGCAAAGGAUACAGCUCAUACAAAAGCAGAGCGGAAUAUACUGGAGGAAGUGAAACAUCCCUUCAUUGUAGACUUAAUUUAUGCCUUUCAGACUGGUGGAAAACUCUACCUCAUCCUUGAGUAUCUCAGUGGAGGAGAACUAUUUAUGCAGUUAGAGAGAGAAGGGAUAUUUAUGGAAGACACAGCUUGCUUUUACUUGGCAGAAAUCUCAAUGGCACUGGGGCACUUGCAUCAAAAAGGAAUCAUCUACCGUGAUCUGAAGCCAGAAAAUAUCAUGCUUAAUCAUCAAGGUCAUGUAAAAUUGACUGACUUCGGAUUAUGUAAAGAAUCUAUUCACGAUGGAACAGUCACACACACAUUCUGUGGAACAAUUGAAUACAUGGCCCCUGAAAUCUUGAUGAGGAGUGGGCAUAAUCGUGCUGUGGACUGGUGGAGUUUGGGGGCAUUAAUGUAUGACAUGCUGACUGGAGCACCUCCUUUCACUGGGGAGAACAGAAAGAAAACAAUUGACAAGAUUCUCAAGUGUAAACUCAACUUGCCUCCCUACCUCACACAAGAAGCCAGAGAUCUGCUUAAAAAGCUGCUAAAAAGAAAUGCUGCCUCACGUCUAGGAGCUGGUCCUGGAGAUGCUGGAGAAGUUCAGGCUCACCCGUUCUUCAGACACAUUAACUGGGAUGAGCUGUUGGCACGAAAGGUGGAACCUCCUUUUAAACCCUUAUUGCAAUCUGAAGAGGAUGUGAGCCAGUUUGAUUCAAAGUUUACACGUCAGACACCUGUUGAUAGCCCAGAUGACUCUACUCUCAGUGAAAGUGCCAACCAGGUCUUUCUGGGUUUUACGUAUGUGGCUCCAUCUGUACUUGAAAGCGUAAAAGAGAAAUUUUCUUUUGAACCAAAAAUUCGAUCACCUCGCAGAUUCAUAGGUAGCCCUAGGACACCAGUCAGCCCUGUAAAGUUUUCCCCUGGGGAAUUCUGGGGAAGAGGUGCUUCUGCCAGCGCAUCAAAUACUCAGACACCUGUGGAAUAUCCAAUGGAGACAAGUGGAAUAGAACAAAUGGAUGUGACAGUCUGUGGAGAGGCCUCAGCACCACUUCCAAUCCGGCAACCAAACUCUGGGCCAUAUAAAAAACAAGCUUUUCCCAUGAUUUCCAAACGACCAGAGCACUUGCGCAUGAAUCUAUGACAACACAAUUUUUUCUAAGCCUUUGGAGGUGGAAAACAAAGAACGGACAUAAGCCCCCUGGAAGUUGAAAUAUGAGGGCUUGUAUGGUUAACUUUUAAAAAGUGACAGUAUCAAAGAGUCAGUCAUUGCACAGAGCGACUUGGAAAGCAAAGAAAAAUGGAUUUUUUUUCUGUCAAUCAAUGGUGCAUAAAAAACUUUAGAAAAUGGUAUUGCAGAACUCUAGGCACAUCUUCUAACUGAUUCGCAGUGACAUCUUCUCACCUUAUCAAGGAUUUUUCAGCUUGAUAGCUUGAAACUGACAGUAUUAAGGGUCAGGAUGUUGCUUCAGAAUCACUGGUCUAGUUGUGAAUGUGUCAAGGAGGGUUAGCCCUUUCACUAGGCAAAGUAUGAAAUGCCUAUAUGCUUGCGUCUGAGGAAUAAUUAGCAUGCAAGCUUGGUUAAGCUGUUUCCUACAAUGGGGCGGAAUCAAAGACGAAAGAUAAAAUUAAUUGGUAUUUCACAUUCAAAACAUAAUGAGUUUUUUAUAUAUAUAAAAA